AUCAAUAGAAUCCUUCCUUCGGAACGUGACGCGUGAAACUUCGCACGGAUAAUACCGCGAGCCGAAUUUGAUCACGGAAAAUGAGGUUCACCCGGUGCCUUGGAUUACUGCUCGCCCUGUCUCUGGCCUCAGACACUUGUCAAGCAAGUACUUUCGGUGAGAAGGUGAAAAACUUUCUUGGCAUUUUCGGUAAUAAACCACCAUAUGCUGUGGAAGCACCUGGGCCAUGUUACUGCAGCUGCGGCGUGCGAAACGAGGAGAGCCGAAUAGUCGGUGGUCAAACAACUCGCGUGAAUGAGUUCCCGUGGAUGGCCAGGCUUUCGUACUUGAACAAGUUCUACUGUGGAGGGACAUUGAUAAACGAUCGUUACGUCCUCACAGCGGCUCACUGUGUCAAAGGGUUCAUGUGGUUCAUGAUCAAGGUCACGUUCGGUGAGCACGACAGGUGUAUCGAGAAGGGAGCCGAAACCAGAUACGUGGUUAGAGUGCUAACCGGAGAUUUCAGCUUCCUCAAUUUCGACAACGACAUCGCUCUGCUUCGUCUCAACGAGAGGGUCCCAUUGAGCGACACCAUAAGACCCAUAUGCCUGCCUUCGAUUAGAGAUAAGCUGUACGAUGGAACGAAAGCAAUCGCGUCCGGCUGGGGUACCCUGUUCGAGGAUGGCAAGCCUUCUUGCCUGCUGCAGGAAGUCGAGGUACCGGUUAUGAGCCUUCGGGAUUGCCGUAACACGAGCUACAGUCCGCGUAUGAUUUCUGAUAACAUGAUGUGCGCUGGAUACCUCGAUGGCAAGAAGGAUUCUUGUCAGGGUGACAGCGGAGGACCACUCAUAGCUGAACGCGAGGAUAAGAAAUACGAGCUCAUAGGUAUUGUUUCCUGGGGUAACGGAUGUGCUCGACCAGGAUAUCCUGGUGUUUAUACACGAGUCACGCGAUACAUAGACUGGAUCAUAUACCAUUCGCAAGAAGGAUGUUUCUGUGAACAAAAUUAAGACCCAGAAAUUCGAAACAGUAGAUUUCUCUGUAUUAUACUAAUUAUCAUUGUCAUGCUGCACCAACGUAAAUACGAGUUUGACCGUGACGCCAUUGGUAAUGAUGGAUG